CGCCAUCUUGUCCUCCCUCAUCCACAGCCGAAAACCAGACCCACCCAAUUGAAAGUUUUCUCUUUCACUUGUCUCCUUGCUUCUCAAGGCCUCCGCUUCGAACCCCAAGAGGAUGGCGAAUUCGAGGAUCGCGAGGUUCGUCAUGGAGGCCGCACCCCCGCAGUUUGUGAGCGUCAUGAGGCACCGGUCAUCGCAGAUGCUGGAUACCAUCAAAGAGGAGGAGAGGGAGGUCGGUUCGAGCGGCCCUCGCUCCUCGCCUCCAAAAAGCCAGGCCUCUCGCUCCCCGUCUCCACGCUGCUCGCUGUCAUCUCCAUCAGCUCGCGCUUCGACUACUACAUCCUCCCGAGUCGCCACGGCUGGUUCGGGCAGCUUUUUCCAUGGGGUUGAUAGAUCUUUGUCCAUGUUUGAGAGCUAGAGAUGUUUUCAUGGGAUAUGUAUUCUUGUGCUGAUUAAGAAAGAGGACUUGCCCUAGUUGACAGGAUCAUCGAGGCUGUAUUAGGAAUGCCAGUACAUUAAGUGGUAAUAACUCUAUAUGUUGAAGCUGCUUUUUGUACAAAUAUGGAAACAUCCAGGCUGGUGAUGAUAAUAGCAGUUUCUGAUGUUUCCUUGCACCAA